GCGCCCCGCCCGCGCCUCUGGACCGGCGGGGCCGCGCGGCGUAUCCUGCGGGCGGCGGCGGCGGCGGCGGGCGCGGCGCCGGCAGCCGGGCGCAAGAUGAUGAAGUUUCGGUUCCGGCGGCAGGGCGCCGACCCGCAGCGCGAGAAGCUCAAACAGGAGCUUUUUGCCUUCAACAAGACGGUGGAGCAUGGAUUCCCCAACCAGCCUAGCGCCCUGGCCUUUGACCCUGAACUUCGAAUCAUGGCUAUUGGCACCAGAUCUGGGGCUGUCAAGAUUUACGGAGCACCUGGUGUGGAGUUCACAGGCCUGCACCGAGACACAGCCACUGUCACCCAGAUGCACUUCCUAUAUGGCCGGGGCCGCCUCCUGACCUUGCUGGAUGACAACAGCCUGCAUCUUUGGGAGAUCAUCCACCAUAAUGGCUGUGCCCACUUAGAGGAAGCCCUCAGCUUCCAGCCACCCAGCCGGCCCAGCUUUGACAGUGCCAGUACCCCAGCCAGCCUCACUCGUAUCACAGUGGUCCUGCUGGUGGCUGAUGGUGACACAGCAGUUCUGGGAACUGAGGGUGGCAGCAUCUUCUUUCUGGAUGUCACCACCCUAACACUAUUCGAAGGGCAAGCCCUCCACCCAGAUGAGGUUCUGCGCAGUGUGCCAGAGGACUACCGAUGCGGAAAGGCUCUGGGCCCUGUGGAGUCGCUCCAGCGACACCUGCAAGACCCCAACAAGAUCCUCAUUGGCUACAGCCGGGGGCUUCUGGUCAUCUGGAACCAGACUACGCGGUGUGUGGAUCAUGUCUUCCUGGGAAACCAGCAGCUGGAGAGCCUGUGUUGGGGGCGUGGUGGUGGCACCAUCAUCAGCUCACACAGUGAUGGCAGCUAUGCCAUCUGGUCCACAGAGACUGGCAGCCCCUCGACACUGCAGCCCACAGUGGCCACUACACCCUAUGGCCCCUUUCCCUGUAAGGCCAUCAACAAGAUUCUGUGGCUGAACUGUGAAUCUGGGGGCCACUUUAUCAUCUUCAGUGGUGGCAUGCCCCGUGCCAGCUAUGGUGACCGCCACUGUGUGAGUGUGAUGCGAGCUGAGACAUUGGUGACACUGGACUUCACCUCCCGCAUCAUUGACUUCUUUACAGUUCACAACACUCGGCCUGACGAUGAAUUCGAUGAUCCCCAGGCCCUGGCUGUGUUGCUGGAGGAGGAGUUGGUGGUGCUGGACCUGCAGACUCCUGGCUGGCCAGCUGUGCCGGCUCCCUACCUGGCCCCACUGCACUCCUCUGCCAUUACCUGCUCUGCCCAUGUGGCCAAUGUUCCCAGCAAGCUGUGGGCCCGCAUUGUGAGCGCUGGUGAGCAGCAGAGCCCCCAGUCUACCUCUAGUGCCUCGAGCUGGCCCAUUACUGGGGGCAGGAACCUGGCCCUGGAGCCAGCACAGCGAGGACUGCUACUGACAGGCCAUGAGGAUGGCACCGUGCGGUUCUGGGAUGCUUCUGGUGUGGCACUGCGGCCACUGUACAAACUGAGCACGGCUGGCCUUUUCCAGACAGACUGUGAACAUGCUGACAGCCUGGCCCAGGCUGCUGAGGAUGACUGGCCACCCUUCCGCAAGGUGGGCUGCUUUGACCCCUACAGUGAUGAUCCCCGGCUUGGUGUACAGAAGGUUGCACUCUGCAAGUACACAGCCCAGAUGGUGGUAGCUGGCACUGCAGGCCAGGUGCUGAUCCUGGAGCUCAGUGACGUGCCAGCAGAGCAGGCUGUCAGUGUGUCCAAUGUGGACCUCCUCCAGGACCGUGAAGGCUUCACAUGGAAGGGCCACGAGCGGCUGAGCCCACGCACAGGGCCUCUGCCUUGGCCUGCUGGCUUCCAGCCCCAAGUGCUAGUACAGUGUCUGCCACCAGCUGCUGUCACUGCUGUCACCCUCCAUGCUGAAUGGAGCCUUGUGGCCUUUGGCACCAGUCAUGGCUUUGGCCUCUUCGACUAUCAGCGGAAAAGCCCAGUGCUGGCCAGGUGUACCCUUCACCCUAAUGACUCCCUGGCUAUGGAGGGGCCUCUGUCUCGGGUGAAGUCCCUCAAGAAGUCACUUCGCCAGUCUUUCCGUCGCAUCCGCAAGAGCCGUGUCUCAGGGAAGAAACGGGCUGCUAAUGCCAACAGCAAGUUACAGGAGGCCAAUGCACAGCUGGCAGAGCAGGCAUGCCCCCAUGAUGUGGAGAUGACACCUGUGCAGCGCCGCAUCGAGCCUCGCUCUGCUGACGACUCCCUCUCUGGUGUUGUGCGCUGUCUCUACUUUGCUGACACGUUCCUUCGAGAUGCGACCCACCAUGGGCCUACCAUGUGGGCAGGCACCAAUUCGGGCUCUGUGUUUGCCUACGCACUAGAGGUGCCAGCAGUCACAGCGGGAGGUGAAAAGAGGCCUGAGCAGGCAGUGGAGGCUGUGCUAGGCAAGGAGGUGCAGCUGAUGCACCGGGCUCCUGUGGUGGCCAUUGCUGUAUUGGAUGGGCGUGGCCGCCCACUGCCUGAACCCUACGAAGCCUCCAGGGACCUGGCACAGGCUCCUGACAUGCAAGGUGGACAUGCUGUACUCAUCGCGUCUGAGGAGCAGUUCAAGGUGUUCACACUGCCCAAGGUGAGCGCGAAGACCAAGUUCAAGCUGACUGCUCAUGAAGGUUGUCGUGUGCGGAAGGUUGCCCUGGCCACCUUUACCAGUGUUGCAUGUGAGGACUAUGCUGAGACCUGUCUGGCUUGUCUCACCAAUCUGGGUGAUGUUCACGUGUUCUCAGUGCCGGGCUUGCGGCCUCAGGUGCACUACUCCUGCAUCCGGAAGGAAGACAUCAGUGGCAUCGCGUCCUGUGUCUUCACACGCCAUGGACAGGGCUUUUACUUGAUUUCCCCAUCAGAAUUUGAGCGCUUCUCCCUAAGUGCCCGCAACAUCACAGAGCCACUCUGCGACCUGAACAUCAGCUGGUCCCAUUAUGCAAGGCGAACUAGGCUCCAAGAGUCGCCCAAGCUCAGCCAGGCUAAUGGGACCCCGAGCAUCAUCCUAGCCCCACAGAGCCGCGAUGGAAGCCCUGAUCCAGCUUACAGCAAGGGAGCUGAUACCCCUGAGCUGCCAGAAGCCACACUGUCACCCAUGUCCAUUGACUCGGCCACUAGCGGUGACACCACACUGGACACGACAGGGGACGUCACAGUGGAGGACGUGAAGGAUUUCUUGGGCUCUUCCGAGGAAUCGGAGAAGAACCUGAGGAAUCUAGCAGAAGAUGAGGCCCGGGCCUGCACCAUCCUGAUCAAAUGAGGAAGACCACUGUCUCCCCUGCCUGGCCUUUUAACAUAGCCCUUACCUGCUAACAUGUAGGAUCCAGUGGGACCUGC